AUGAUAAUAAUUCCAAAUCGUAUUCGAAUCGGAUCUCAAAUUUUUCUCAUAACUAUUUUGAUUAUUCUAACAACGACAACACAUUUAGUGAAUUCUAAUGUUAUACAAUUUGUUGAUGGUGAGAAUUACUGUAGUAUAAUUGAAAAAAAAUAUAAAUGAGCCAAAUUUCAAGAUACGAAAACUGUUGAUAAAUGCAGUGGUCAAUGCCCAGAAGCUUAUACUUGUGCCUUGGUCAACGAUGAACCAAAAUGUAUUUAUCGUAAGUUUUGAGCGCCAGAUAUACAAAAAUAGCAGUAUACACACGCUAUGCUCCAAAAAAUACAAUAAUCCGCGUUUACAUCAUGAAAAAUGCUUUGGCGUAAACGCGGAGCAUCGUAGUUUUCGAUUUUUUCUCUCUAACUGGUCUCUCUAAAUUUUCAGUUCCCAACUGCGAAAUGCUGGAAUGUUUAGAAGGCGAAGAAUGUGUCGAGGAGCCGACUAAUUGUGCAAUGACUCCGUGUAUUCCAACAAUCUCAUGUCAACCAACAAGUAUGUUAGUUGAUCCUGAUUUUCAAGUAUCUGAUCUAAGUUAUAAUGCUAACUAG